AUGGCAAGGUGGUGGUGCAUCUUGGUGGUUCUUGCUAUGGCGGUGGUUGCCAGUGCAAGAAACAUGCCCAGUGACGUUGGUUUUGAGGAGCAGAAGAACUUCAUGGGCUACGGUUUUUCAGGAGUUGGCAACAAUGGCCUUCCUUUUGGAGGAAUGGGUACUGGGUUUGACGGUGGGCUCGGGGGGCCUUCUGGAAUAGGUGGAUUUGGAGGAUUCGGUGGGCCUGGCGGGCUCGGAGGCCCUGAUAAUGGUGGUGGGCCUGGUGCCAAUCUUCCUCUCCCUUGA